GUUCAUUCAUACUCCAGUAUCGGACUGUGAAAACUCCAUCUGUCGCGGGACUUCAAGUGGAACUCUCGAAGAUCCGUUCAACCAUUAAGACCAUGAAAAUGUCCGCAGCUGAGCUGUGCAAAGUGCUCAAGGAAGGUGAGCUGGAGAAGAGAAGCGACAACCUCCUCCAGUUUUGGAAACGGAAGACGUGCGUCCUUACCAUGGACAGCCUGAACAUCUACGCCGACAGUCAGAAGAAGUCUAAGAGCAAGGAGCUCAAACUGCAGUCGAUCAAAAAGGUGGACUGCGUGGAGCGGACGGGGAAAUUCGUCUACUUCACAAUCGUCACUACGGAAAACAAGGAAAUUGACUUCAGAUGCUUAGACGAGGACAACUGUUGGAAUGCCGUCAUCACAAUGGCUCUGAUAGAUUUUCAGAACAGAAGGGCCAUUCAGGAUUUUAAGACGCGGCAGGAGAUUGGAAGUUCUUCGCCGGGGCAACAAGAGAGGCGGAUGGCACGGGCGCCCUGAGAGUUGGCUGCCGCAAAUGUACCCAGCGAUUGCUAUUGCCUACCGUACAGACUUCGACAAUGGACGGUGAAGAACAGUUGGACCAAAGAAAGACAUUAGCCGGUCUGAAGAUGAAGGAUUGUUUAGGACAGCGCGUCCCCGAGGAUCUUCAGAUAUCUUAUCCUGGAAUCCAAGGCUUCAAAAUAAGACUAUUUCAAAAAGUUACGCCAAAGACUGAAUCUUUCACCCUUAAGCUUACAGUUACAAGUACGCUUUAUGGGAGACAUGCCUCACGAACGGCUCUGUACCUGUACAUGUGUUUAUUUAUUCGUUGCAAAAAGUGUUUUGUUUU